UUUUUUUUUUUUUGCUCGCUGAUUAUUUUUCAAUGCGAAUGCAUUAUCGCAGACGUUGUAGAGCUUCGAGCUCAGCCAUCAGCAUCCACAUUGGCGCGAUGGAUGGUGGAGGCCCUGUAUUGUUACCGACAUUCGAUUUGUGGGGUCAAUAAGCGUGCUCAUGUCAUGCUUUCUUUGACUGGCCUAGGCUCCUAAUCGCACGGACUGCGACCGUGAGAAAGAUUCUUGAGAGUCCGUCCUAUUGAACCCCCUUGCUGCACGAUUCCUUCCUUCCAUCAUUCCCCAUCCUCAUUCCUCCCCACGACAACAAAAAACACACUCCACCACAAUGUCAGAAACCAACUGCGGCUACAAAGGGUGCAACCAGGUUGGCGCUCACAGACAUGAGGAUCACAAGCCUGAACCAGCCAUCUUGGAUAAUAUCCUGGAGCACAUUGGCAACACGCCCAUGGUGCGACUAAACAGAAUCGCAAAGUCCGAAGGCCUUCAGUGCGAACUGUUGGCCAAAUGCGAGUUCUUCAACGCAGGAGGGUCUGUCAAAGAUCGCAUCGGCAAGCGCAUGGUCGACGAGGCAGAGAAAGACGGUCGCCUAAAACCUGGAUACACCAUUAUUGAGCCCACAUCCGGAAACACUGGUAUCGGUCUUGCAUUGGCUGCAGCCGUGAAGGGUUACCGCACUAUCAUCACUCUGCCUGAAAAAAUGUCCCAGGAGAAGGUCGAUGUCCUCAAGGCCCUCGGCGCAGAAAUUGUUCGCACACCUACCGAGGCUGCAUGGGAUGCGCCCGAAUCGCACAUUGGAGUGGCAAAGCGCUUGAAUAGGGAGAUCCCCAACUCUGUAAUUCUGGACCAAUACUCUAACCCGUACAAUCCUGUGACCCAUUACGAUCAUACCGCUGAAGAAAUCUACAGGGCUUGCGAUGGACAGGUCGACAUGGUGGUCGCCGGCGCUGGAACCGGUGGAACUCUCACGGGCAUUGCCAGGAAGCUGAAGGCCCUCUGUCCCAACGUCAUUAUCGUGGGUGUCGAUCCUUAUGGUUCCAUUCUUGCCCAGCCAGAAGCGCUCAACACCACAACAGAGGGCUACAAGGUCGAGGGUAUCGGUUAUGAUUUCGUCCCUGAGGUGCUGGACCGCACCUUAAUCGACCGCUGGAUUAAGACUGCAGAUAAAGAGUCGUUUAUCAUGGCGAGACGUCUGAUUCGCGAAGAAGGUGUUCUCUGCGGUGGCUCUUCAGGAACUGCUGUCGCUGCCGCUGUCAAGGCUGCCAAGGAACUUGGACCUGGCAAGCGCUGCGUGGUUCUCCUCCCGGAUUCUGUCCGCAACUACAUGACCAAGUUUUUAAACGAUGGCUGGAUGAAGGAGAACGAAUUCACAGAUCAGGCUAUGGUCGAGGAGCAGCAGUCUAAGAAAUUGCAGUGGGGCGGUGCCACCGUGGGCGAUUUGCAUCUUAAGGCUGCUGUUACGGUGACCAACACAUCGCCCGGUCGCGAGGCCAUCAUGUUGAUGGAGCGCAAUGGAUUCGAUCAGCUGCCUGUGGUCUCGUCCAAGAAUGGACGUUUAGUUGGCUUGGUCACUUUGGGCAACUUGCUGUCGAGAAUCGCCUCAGGACGUGUGCAGAUUGAUAGUCAGGUCAGGGAUGUGAUGUUCAAGUUUGAAAAGGCUGGCGCGCACUUCAAGGAGAUCACGGAUGAGACGCCGUUGGAGGAUCUGACCGCAUUCUUCGAAAAGAACUCUGCGGGCAUUGUCACAGAAAAGGGAGGAUCCAAAGUCAAGGCCGUGGUCACCAAGGUAGACCUGGUCUCCUUCUUGCUCAAGAAGGCCACUGUCUAAUGCUGUCUUAGCUGAAAGAUGUGGUGCUUUGACUAGAGGUCUCAUUGUAGAGCAUUGUAGAGCACAUGGCUUACUAAAGUUGGCUUCUGUACCCAUUUUUA